CAGACGGACACCGGUCUGGUGGCAGCUCUUCUGCUAAAAUGUUGGUGUUUUUCACGGUGGCAGCCGGACUGGCGCUGAUCGUCCUCUUCUUCCUCAGAGAGCGAUUCCCGUACUUCUUCCAGGACUGCGCCUACAUGCUGCGGAACGUCAUACUGGCCGUCAGGAUGCUCAAGUGCAGAAAGUCCAAGCCUUUUUACAGCAUCGUGGACCGCUUCUUGGAUGCGGCGAGCAGACAUCCCUCCAAGGUCUUCAUUCACUUCGAAGGCCGUGCGUAUUCCUAUGGAGAAGUGGACAAGCAGAGCAACAAGGUGGCCCGGGCUCUGCAGGCUGAGGUCCGGCUCCAGGAGGGCGACUCGGUGGCUCUGUUUCUGGCCAACGAGCCCAGCUUCGUGUGGACUUGGCUCGGUUUGGCCAAGCUGGGCUGCCCGGUGGCUCUGCUCAACUUCAACAUCAGAUCCAAGUCCCUGCUGCACUGUUUCUCCUGCUGUGGAGCCAAAGUGCUCCUCACCUGUCCAGAGCUGCUGGAUGCUGUGGAGGAGAUUCUGCCCACGCUGAAGGAGCAGGGUAUCAGGGUGUUCAUCCUGGCAGACAGCUGCAGCGUGCCUGACAUCGUCCCUUUGUCUGUCAAGAUCUCCCAGGCCUCUGAUGAGCCACUGUCUCCGGCCCUCAGGUCCAACAUCCACAUCAGGACUACGGCUCUGUACAUCUACACAUCCGGUACCACAGGUUUACCGAAAGCUGCUAUUGUCACCCAUGAGAGGGUAUGGGCUGCGUCCUUCUUGCUGUUUGCAUGUGGAGCCACAGCAGAGGAUAUCAUCUACGUGAACCUGCCCUUGUACCACAGUGCAGGCUUUCUGAUUGGAACAGCUGGAGCCAUAGACAGAGGUAUGACUGUCAUUCUGAGGAGAAAGUUUUCAGCCUCUCAGUUUUGGGAUGACUGCAGGAAGUAUAAUGUGACAGUGAUGCAGUACAUCGGUGAAACUCUGCGUUACCUCUGCAACACACCCAAAAAAGACAAUGAGAAGAACCACAAAGUGAGAAUGGCCAUCGGCAACGGAGUCCGAAGUGAUGUUUGGUCUGAAUUUCUGAAUCGCUUCGGGGAUAUAAAAGUCAGAGAGCUUUACGCAGCCACUGAAGGAAACAUUGGAUUCAUCAACUACACGUCCAAGAUCGGUGCUGUGGGACGAAGGAACAUUCUGCAGCAGCUCAUCUUCCCCCACACAUUGAUCAAGUUCGAUGUUGAGAAGGAGGAACCCGUCAGAAACUCUGAUGGUCUGUGCAUCAAAGCAGCCAGAGGCGAGACGGGACUUUUAGUUGGGAAGGUAACGCAGAGGUCUCCAUUCAUUGGUUACGCUGGCAACAAGCAACAGACAGAGAAGAAGCGCCUUCGAGACGUCUUGAAAAAAGGAGAUCUGUACUUCAACACGGGCGAUCUGCUGCGGUUCGAUGAGGAAAACUUUGUGUACUUUCAGGAUCGAGUCGGUGACACUUUCAGAUGGAAAGGAGAAAACGUGGCCACAUCCGAGGUUGCAGAUAUUCUCAGCAUGGCUCAUUGCGUGUUAGAGGCAAAUGUUUACGGUGUCAAAGUUGAAGGUCAUGAGGGACGGAUCGGCAUGGCAGCCAUCACGCUGAAAGAAGGGGAGGACUUUGAUUGUUCAGACACUUACAAGCAGGUUUCCAAUCACCUCCCAGCUUACGCGAGACCCAGAUUCAUCAGGAUUCAGCCGUGCCUGGAGAUGACUGGAACAUUCAAGAUGAAGAAAGUGAAGUUGGUGGAGGAGGGAUUCAACCCUGCUCAUAUAGAGGAUCAGUUAUACUUCCUGGACACUGAUAAAAGGACUUACGUUCCUCUGACUGAGGAGAUCUACAGAGCCAUCAGUUCCAGGGAGAUUAAACUUUAAAUCAGGAGCUGCAGGAGUCGCUGUGGGGACCAGUGUGAAGACGAAGCAGCUCAUUCGUGGCUCUAAACUCAACUAAUCUCAGGGAUAGAUGCUGAAAUGCCAUAUUUUAAAAUAUAUGUUUUUUAAUUAACACAACUACUUCGAACCUCAACUAUUUCCAAAUGCCAGCAAGAUGUGAAUUGAAGGUUUGUCUCUCUGCUAACGAUUAGAAUAAUUAAUCUUUGGAAUAAAAACUUGUG